AUGUCUUUCUCCAACCCUGAUGCUGCGCCCCGAGGGCCUGAGCUUGAACUCUCGAGCUCCAAGAAGAAGAAGAAGAGAAAGCGGCCCCAGCAGGAGGCCAACAUCCAAGCCCUCACCAGGGCUGGCCAUGGAGCCCUACAGGCUGGCCGGAACCAUGAAGCCUUGACCUGCUUCCAGAGGGCCUUCGUCCUGGCCUCUGAGCCCCCACAAACUCGGGACACCCCUGUUUUCCGGGCCUGUGCCUUCAACCUGGGGGCCGCCUAUGUGGAGACUGGGGACCCAGCUAGAGGCCUGGAGCUGCUGCUGAGAGCCCAGCCUGCAGAGAAGGCACAGGGCAGAGGUCAUGGAGACCAGUGUUUCAACGUGGCUUUGGCCUACGAGGCCCUGGGCAAGCUGCCUCAAGCUUUGGCCUGGUACCGCAGGGCCCUGGGCCACUACCGGCCACUCGGCGACCAGGGACAAGCCCAGGCAAAAAUGGGAGCCUGCUACCGGGCCCUGGGACAGCCUGAGCUCGCGGCCCAGUGUCUGCAGGAGGCGAGCCAGGCCUAUGCCCAAGCUGGGCAGCCCCAGGCUGCAGCCCUGGCCGCGGGGGCCGCGGCGGCGUGUAUGCUGGAGAGCGGCCAGCACGGGGUGGCCGAAGUGGUGCAGGUGCUGGAGGAGAGCCGGAGGUUUGCAGAGAGGAGCCCUGAGAGCAGCCUGCUGGGGCCGCUCUACGUUGACCUCGGCCUGAGCUACUCCCAGCUCCAACUGUUCCCGCUAGCAGCAGAGGCCUUCCUGCGGGCCCUGCCCCUGUGUCAGGGGCCAGGAGAGGAGGCCACAGUGCUGCGAAACCUCGGGGCGGCCCAAAGUGCCCUCGGCAACCAUCAGGAAGCUCGGGACUUUCACCAGAAGGCCGCUGACCUGCAUGGCUCGGUGGGGCAACGGUGGGAGCAGGGACGAAGCUUCGGCGGCCUGGCGUUCGCCCUGAGCCAGCUGGGGGACCACGGAUCCGCCCGAGACAGCUACCUGCAUGCCCUCCAGGCCGCCCGGGACACCGGGGACACGAAGGGGCAGUGGCAGGCCUGCGAGGGGCUGGGGGCCGCGGCAGCCAGACUGGGGCAGCACGACCAGGCCUUGCGCUACUAUAAGGAAGCGCUGGCCCGGAGUCAGAAGGAGCCAGACUCUGUGCGGGACCGGCUGGUGGCCAAGCUGGCCGAUGUCAUGAGGACGCACCUGGCGCAGGCUGGGCUUGUCCCAACGUCCACGCUGGUGAGGUGACCCUGGACAGGGUCCUGGGGGUGGGGAGAGGCCACCCUGAGAAGGAGGGGGUGCCAGGCAGAGCUGAUCCCGUCAGGGAUGCUGCCUGGGCCCUGGGGGUUCAUCCGCCCCGGGGUAGGAGAGGGGAGCCUGGCGAGGGGACACGGGUCACUUUUCCGUGGACACCCAGGGUGGGGAGGUGGGCGGAGGAUUCUGGCAUAUCUCCCAGCGCUGGGCUGUGCCAGGUGUCUGGCUGAGUGUUAACUGACCCAGCAGCUGAGCGUCAGGUGCCAUCAAGGAUGCCAGGCCCGACCCCGAGGGGGUGGAAAGCAAGGCCCUGGCUGCAGUUCUCCACGAGGCCACAGGGUGGGGCAGUGCUCCGGGUGGGGGCCUGUCCCCGGAGGCGGAGCUGCGCGCGCGUCCGCGCAGGUCUCACCGCCCCCUCCCGCUCCGGCUCCCCCCAACCCUGUCUCUGCUGAGAUGCUCUCAGGCAACCAACUCCCCUCCAGGAAUUAAAAUUGUACUUCGGUAUUUAUUCUAUGUAUUUAAUGGAGUUUUAUGUCUUCUCUUAAAGACCAGGACACUGUAUUUAUAAUUUUCGAGCAAAAUGAAAUUAGUCU